GCGUAAUGAAGGACUCUGUAGUAAGGCUAGCAGAUACGUCAUAGAGGGAUUUGGAAUUAACGGAUGUGCAAGCCACAGAGCUAUAAAAUGUGUUUAGCCCUUUGCCAAUGCACGUUGCUGAGUCCGUCCCUCUUGUUUUCUCACGCCAGCCUGCAUUCUGCGGGGAGCUAGGGAGGAGAUGGGACCUAAUGGAGCGUUUGGCUCGUUUUAAACCCUGCUUUGUUGUAUCGCCCCUCUUUUUGUCUUCUUAUUCCAUUUUUUUUUCGGGGGUGGUUGGGUGUGCCUGUUGCUGAACGACUCGACAGAGGAAAAUAGGGGUAAGUAAACUAA